AUGAGGGUUCUUUUAGCAGCUGCAGUUUAUAUUCCAUUCAUCACAGCUCUCGAAAGGAUUCCUCUAAUUCGAUUUAAAUCUAUCAGAGCACAGCUUAAAGAAAGAGGAGAAUUGGAACAGUUUUGGAAAGAUCAUCAACUGGACAUUUUUUCACGGAGGCACCUGUAUUGCUUCCCUUCAGAUAUUCGUUUAUCUGCAGGAUCUACAACUGAAUCGCUAUAUGACUACAUGAAUGCCCAGUACUAUGGAGAAGUGAGUGUUGGUACUCCACCCCAGACAUUCACCGUGGUGUUUGACACUGGCUCUUCCAAUUUUUGGAUCCCAUCAGCAUAUUGCAUCAGCGAUGCUUGCAGGAUGCAUCAAAAAUUCAAGCCAUUUCUUUCACAGUCCUACACACAUGGAGGGCGACAGUUUUUUAUACAAUAUGGUACUGGUGAGCUGAUGGGCAUCUUUUCCAGAGACACAGUACAGAUUAGCAACAUUUCUGUUGUGGGUCAGGAUUUUGGAGAGUCCAUCCUCGAGCCUGGCAAGACUUUUGCUGAAGCAAAAUUCGAUGGCAUCAUGGGCUUAGGAUAUCCAUCCUUGUCCGAAGGGGGAACACUUCCAGUAUUUGACAAUAUAAUGCAGCAAGGUUUGGUAGAGGAGCCGGUAUUUUCUUUCUACUUGAACAGAGGAGAUAACACUGAAAACGGGGGUGAAUUGAUAUUAGGGGGCAUAGACCAUUCUCUGUACCAUGGGUCAAUUCAUUGGGUUCCAGUCACUGUAAGAAGAUACUGGCAAAUUCACAUUGACAAUGUCAGAUCCCAGGAACAAUCAAUAUGUGAUUCUGGCUGUGAGGCCAUUGUAGAUUCGGGCACUUCUCUCAUUUUGGGCCCAGCCAAAAAGAUAAAAUGGAUACAAGAAAAAAUCGGAGCCAGCCCAAGCAUGUUCGGAGAGUUUCUCGUGGACUGCAGAAGGAUGCCCUACCUGCCCACGAUAACAUUUACCAUUGGAGGGAGAAAAUUCGAAAUAACAGCAGAGCACUAUAUUAUCAAGGAGAUGAUUGAAGAUGAAGUUGUGUGCAUAAGUGGUUUUCAGACUCAGCAAAUGGACACCAGCGAUGAACCAGCAUGGAUUCUGGGAGAUGUAUUUAUGUCAGCAUUUUACUGUAUUUUUGAUCGCGGGAACAAUAGGGUUGGAUUUGCAAAAGCUGCUCAUAAACGAGUGAAUGGAGUAUAGAAAUUUGCAUCAUGUUUAUAACCUUCCUCUAUUGCAAUAUGUACAAAUAAUUUUUGAUGUUAGGUGGAAGAUGGGAAAGAGGGAGUGAAGAGGGCUUAAAAUUAUGGAGCCAAAAUUUGUAGCAGGAUCCUCCUCUGUUGUGUGUCUGUAGUUGAGUUGUACAAUUAUUUAAUCAGUGAUCUGAUUUAAUCCCAAAACUCCUUUAAAAGCAAUCUCAUAAAUGUGGUAUAGUUUCUGAACAAUGGCUGGUUGACAUCUACACUACACUGUGCUGGUUCAACAGUGUUGACAUCCAGACUAACACUGUGCUGUUGCACAAUGCAGGGAGAGAAGAUUUUUUUUACAGACUUCUCUUCCCUCUGAAGCCCAUUGACUCCCCAAAAUAUGUCCCUGAUGGAUAGGAUGUAUUUUCGGGAGCCAUUGUGGGCUUUAGAGAAAAAAGGAGAGUUUCGGAAUUGUCCCUCUCCCUCUUGUGUAAGAGUGCAGCGUUAUUCUGGAUAUCAGCACUGUUGCGCCACCACAGUGUAGUGUGGAUUUCAGCCAAGGAAAUGAACUCAUAUAGUCUACUUCUAUGCAGGUUUGCUCAUAAAUAAGUGUAUUUUCAAAUAUAUGUCUGCAUGCAUAGGAUUGCAGUCUUAAUCUGUUGACUAGGAUUCUUUUCUGGGAAAGGGAGAGCAUCAUUGAAGGAAGCUGGCUAAUGAAUGGAAAUGGCAGCCUAAUUGGAGUUUGACUCGGCUUCUGCUACAAACUCAUAUUUUUUUCAGAGCUCAGCUCUGUGGGUCAAAGGGGAAGUACUGAACCUGGACUGUAAGUUGGACUGAACUUAGUGAGGUCAUUUCUAGAGAAGUCCAACUACUCUAAGAAUGCUAUGAAUGUCUUCACCCACUGUAUAUUAAUGGCAUGUUUCUUUUCUUAAUGCAGAAGUAGGGUACCAGCCUAAUUGGAAAAAAAAAAGUUGUUCUGGGAAACUGGGAUUCUCCUUCCUCCCAGUGCUGGUAAGGGGAAAAAGAGUUCUGGUUUGUCUGGAACAAUUCUUUGUGUUGUGUUGUAGGUAAGCAAAAACACUGUUGAUUUAAGUUCCAUGUGAAAAUGUUAUCAGUUCCAUGUGAAGUGAAUAUGUCUUAGUCUGGAAUGUGUGUCCAUUGUGUCCAUUCCAUGUAUGUGGAAUGUGCAGUGGGAGAGAAACAAUUUGUAAACUGAAUGUAUACUCUAGCCAAUGCAGGUUUCAGCUGUGGAAAUUCCCAUCACCAAUGUAAUUAUCACUUCCUAAAAUGGCAGAAAAAUGCCCAAGUCUCUCCCUUUUAAAAUCCAGAUUUGUGCUGUCUCUCAGUAAGAGGUCAUUCACAUAACUGGGCAGGCAGGGCAGAGGGCGGGCAGGGGGGAAAGGCUGAUUUUACUCACUUCCCCCCUAGUUGACUGCUGCCUGUUCCUGGGAGUGCAGACCACGCUCCCAGAUGAUCCAUGCUGCAUGUCUGCAGUGUGGAGUUCCAGAGGUUGGGAUGACAUGUCCUGGCCUCCAGAGAUCCCACUGUGCAGGGGAUCCUCUGGGGCUAAACAUAGCCCAGCAAGCACACGAUCCCAGAGCCCAGGUUAAGGGCUCGCUCAAGUCCUUAACCCUGGCUAAGAGCCAGGCUACAAAGAGGAGCUAGGCGGUACUGCCCAAGUGAGAUUGGUCUUGAUCCUGGCGAUACUCAUGCAUAGGCUAAUCCAGGCUGGAAGCUGUGGAGGCAGCUGAACGGCGGCCUGCGUCCGGCCCUGCUUGGCGGCCCCCUCCACAUUCGCCCGUGCACAUGAUGGCUCAGGCUCUGGAGGAGCCCAAAGCAAACUCCCCACUCCUGCCCUGGCUAGCGAG